CACACCAUUUUUCACCCCAUUCCUGCCUCCACACUCAAAGUCGAAUCCAUCCUCGAUCCACCCACCCACCCACAUACACAAUGCGAACAACCAAAAUGCCGCCGCUAUGCCCCAACAUUACCGCCACCAUGACAGCCACCACUAUUCUCUUCUUCGUAUUCUCCUCCUCCUCCGUUCUCCUGCAACUAUCAUCCGUCUCGGCUUCCAAGGAGAUCACGAUCAACCCCUUCUCUCCGAAGGCAGCAUUGAUCCGUUACUGGAACAACCACAUCACCAACGACCUCCCCAAAUCUGACUUCCUUCUCUCCAAAGCCUCCCCGCUCACCGCUUCCCAGUCAGCCUUCCUCACAAAGCUCGCCUCGCGAAACUCGCUCUCUGCCCACCUCGACAUCUUCUGCUCCUCGGCCAACUUGUUCUGCUCCUUCGACUCGGCCGGCCUCAACGCCACUUCGUCGCGAGACGCGAACUUCGUUCUCUACACAUCCAACAGGCGCUUCUCCAACUACGGCACCUCCAGGCAAGGCGGCGGGGUCGACUCGUUCAAGAACUACUCCACCGGGUUGAACUCUGCCUCCGACUCGUUCCUCAAAUACAGCCAACAAUCCAACCGCCACAACGAGGUCUUCACCAACUACGCCACCGACGGCAACGUCGCCAACGCCAGCUUCGGCAACUACGGCUCCAGAUCCACCGCCGGAUUCGGCGAUUUCAAGAACUACCAGAACCGAGUCAACGUGCCCGGUCUCCGCUUCACCACCUACGACUCCGCCAGCAACGGCCACAAGCUCGGCUUCUCCAGCUACAGCGACGACACCAACGCCGGCUCCCAAUCCUUCACCAGCUACGCCAAGAAAGGCAACCGAGCGCCCGACCAGUUCACCAGCUACGGCAAAGGCUCCAACAUCGUCGACUCCACUUUCACCGGCUACGGCGAGCUGAGCCAGGGAGCCAACGACUCGUUCACGAGUUACGGCAGCACGGCCAACAACCCGCACGACGACUUCAAGAGCUACGGCACCGGCGGAUCGUCGGCCGCGGAGAGCUUCUCCAACUACAGAGACUCGGCCAACGUCGGCGAAGAUUCGUUUCAAUCGUACCUCAGGAAUUCCAACUCCGCCAAAGUGAACUUCAACAACUACGGGAAAACUUUCAAUCCCUCCAACGACACGUUCAAAGAGUACGGGAAAGGGGCAAAAGGAGCCACCACCGUCGGAUUCAAAUCCUACACUUCUGAUCGUACGUUCAAGGAUUACAGCAAAAACGGCGUGACCUUCUCCGCUUACAACAACAACAACAACAGCGCGAGCAGUGGGCCCCAUCACGGUGGCAUGUCGGUAAAUAAGAGGAAUGUGGAGCCCGGAAGAUUUUUCAGGGAGUCUAUGUUGACCCAAGGCAGCGUCAUGGUGAUGCCGGACAUCGUGGACAAAAUGCCGAGGAGGUCCUUCCUGCCGCGUGCCAUCGCUGCCAAGCUGCCGUUUUCGUCCUCGCGACUGGAGGAGGUGAAGGAAAUCUUCCUCGCCGCCGGGAACUCGACGGCGGAGAUGGUGAUCGAGAGCGCGGUGGCGGAGUGCGAGAGGGCGGCGAGCGCCGGGGAGGUGAAGAGGUGCGUGGGGUCGGCGGAGGACAUGAUCGACUUCGCGGUGGCGGUGCUGGGAUCUGACGUGGCGGUGAGGACGACGGAGAAUGUGAAGGGGUCAAAGGGGGAAGUGAUGAUUGGGUCGGUGAGAGGGAUCGACGGCGGGAGGGUGACGGAAUCCGUGUCGUGUCAUCAGAGUCUGUACCCGUACUUGUUGUAUUAUUGCCACUCUGUCCCGAAAGUGAGGGUCUACGAGGCGGACAUUGCUGACGUGGAGAGUCGGGAGAAGAUCAAUGCUGGCGUGGCGAUCUGCCACCUGGACACGUCGGCAUGGAGCCCGGAACACGGGGCUUUCGUGGCUUUGGGUUCUGGUCCGGGGGAGAUUGAGGUGUGCCACUGGAUUUUUGAGAACGACAUGACGUGGACCAGAGUGUAGAUCGAGCUGGUUCAACUUAAUUAGUUUGGGAUGAUGAUCAUUAUUCUGAUUCAGGUUUGGUUCUUUUUUUUUUCUUUUCUUCCGGUAACGUAACCACUCGGUUACUACUCGAGAUCUUCUGUAACGAGAAAAUUUGGGACGCAAUUUGGUAGGUGGUUCCAAUUUUCUUGCUGGUUGUGCUUGUGCAAGUCUUUGGUGCACUCCGAGUUAAUUAAUUAAUGCUUUUUUUUUCCUUAUAAUAUCGCAUGUUUUUAGUGUUACAUGUUACUUAUAAAUGAACUAAACAGCUCAAAUAUGAUGUGAUGAAA